GACACCAAACAGCUCACAAACAUAUAUAAGAAAAAUGGAUCGUUUGACAAACAGCGACGUCAACUUCUACAGAACUUCAAGCAAUCAGAAACGCACGCCAAUCUUCUUCUCAAACUCAAGGUGAUGAUAGAGAACAAAAUCAAUCAGGACCCUUCUAUUCUUAUGAAGAAUAAAGGAAAAAUGGGAGCACUUAUUCAAGGAGAAAUCAUCAAUGAACAUUUGGCUAGCAAAUCCAAUUCCACUUCUGCGGGAAGCGGGCUUUUAAGUAUUGUAGAUAAGGAUAUCCAGGAUAAAAUCAUCGAUUCUCCUGAUUUCCACAAGUUGGUUAGAGAUGAGUUGAAGGACAUAAGGCGUAUUCUCUUGGGUAUAAGUGACGAGGAUUACCAGAAAGAACUUCGGAAGGAAGCAGACGAAGAACGCGAAAAACAAGAAAGACUCAAGGCCGAAGAAACAGCUAAUACCAAGGAUUAUAAGAAUAACUUUAGAGUGAAAAGUUUGACAAAUACUCAUAGAAUCGCCAAACCCCCAAGGUUCAAUUUUGGAGGUAGAAACGGCCGUGAU